AUGGCGUCGGUAUUCCUCGCACUCCCAGCGCUUACUCGCCUGCUCCGCCCCCUCCUCCUCAUUCACGACAUCCAAGUGCUCUUGGCCAAGGUGUACCCAACAAGGAUGGUGUCAGUAUUCCUAGAACUCCCCGCUCUUACUCUCCUGCUCCGUCUCCUCCUCCUCAAUCUCAUUCACGACGUCCAAUUCCAAAGAAGUCAGCCUGGUCAAAGGGCCCGCCGCAGACACCUUCACCCCAACUCUCCGCUCUUCUCCUCCUGCUCAAAGUCGUUCACGACGUCCAAGUGCUCUUGGCCAAGGUGUACCCAUCAAGGACGGCGCUCAGUGAUUACAUUUGGAUCAAUAGAUGAUCCCUCAGCGCCAAUAUCAUCUUCACCCGCAGCCGCACCUCCCAUCAAGUCCGAAGGCGUUAAGUUAUCUCAUCCUGUGCCUUAUACCCCCCCUCAACCUGGUAUGAGUUCCGUAUCCUCGCCUCCACCCACACCGUCAACGGCCUCCUUGCCUACCACCCGCUUGAAUAUUAACUCAAAUGCAUUUGUUCCUACGGGUCGUGCUAAGAUUACUCUUAAAAGUGCUGAUGGGCAACAAGUCAAGUUAGAGAAGUUGACAAAAACAAAUCCUUCAUCGGCGACUACUCCUUUGCCUGUCUUUCGUCCUGGGACACCUACCCGGAGGCGCACUAGGAUUCGCCUGGAAACGGAGGACCAGCGUAGGAAGCGGCUCGCAGAAGAAGAGGAGAAAGAGCAGGAAAAGAUACGCGCCAAAGCGCAGGCUGACGAAAAAGUCAAGCCCGAGAAAACUCCUUCAUCGGCUACCACUGCUUUGCCUCCCCAAGGUUCUGUCUACCGACAAGGCAGUCCUGGGACGCCCACCCGGAGGCCCACCAGUAUCCGCAUGGAAACGGAGGACCAGCGAAGGAAAAGGCUCGCGGAAGAAGAGAAGAAAGAGCAGGAAAAGACACGCGCCAAAGCGGAGGCUGACGAAAAGGUCAAGCUUGAGAAAACCCCUUCGUCGGCUACCACUGCUUUGCCUCCCCAAGGUUCUGCCUGCGGACAAGGCAGUCUUGGGACACCCACCUGGAGGCCAACUAGUAUCCGCAUGGAAACAGAGGACCAGCGAAGGCAACGGCUCGCGGAAGAAGAGGAGAAAGAGCAGGAAAAGACACGCGCCAAAGCGGAGGCUGACGAAAAGUUCAAGCUUGAGAAAACUCCUUCAUCGGCUACCACUGCCUUGCCUCCCCAAGGUUCUGUUUACCGACAAGGCAGUCUUUGGACGCCCACCUGGAGACCCACCAGUAUCCGCAUGGAAACGGAGGACCAACGAAGGAAACGGCUCGCGGAAGAAGAUGAGAAAUAA